AAGCGCCCCGGGAUUUCCUGGGCGGGGGCCCUGAGCGCGUGGGCUUUUGGGACGGACGACGUUGACUUUUGACACAGUCGCAGCUUCGUAAGAAAGUGAACCGAGCGCAAGCAGCAAGGGAUGGUCCUUCGUUGAGAGAUACAGGACAGGCUGGAACAGGAGGUCAAGAGGAAGAGAAGACGACCCGAAAUAAAGACGAGGCUCUGGACUACAGUAACUCAAACUUCCCUUCAGAUCUCACUUCAAGCUCGCAGCAGCGAGCUGAGCUUGUUUCUCCGCUCCUCCUCCUCCUCCUCCCCGAACUUAUUCCUAUCUGUCACUUCUCUCAUCGAUCGCAAAGCUCAUCACGAUAUCCAUCACCUAGCAGGCCAGGUCUCGUCUCUCCCUCUCUACUCUCGCGACCAUGGGCAAUCAAUCCUCUCGCCCGGGCGGCGGAGCACAUCAUCAGCAAUAUCCUCCUCAUAGAGGAUCCUCAUCAAGCAGCUCCACUGCACCGGUCCUCGUCGCUGAAGCUCUCCCUCCGCUCCCACCACACUUGACCGUCAAUGCCGUCUUGGGAGGUGUAGACCGCAAGCAGCAUAUGAUCCUGCGAGCAGCACCAGCUGGCUUGCUGGGCGGCGCUAUUGGCGGCAAGUUCGUUGUGCGGGACCUCAAGGCAGACGCUGCCGCAAGGGGAACAAAGUCGGACAAGGCGCCGCCCCUUCUCAAGAGCGAGAUCAAGUCUUCUCGCAAACGCAACACCACUACAAUCUCGUCGGGCUCGUCUGGUGGCGAGCUUCUGACCGUCUAUGGCACCCACGAGUGCCUAGCCCUGCGCCGAGGUUGCGUAGUGACUCCGCAGGGGAUCCGAGGCGAUGAUGGCGAUGAGGAGGACGAGGAAGUUGCCGUACCGUCGAGCUUACCGCAAAGCAACAGUAGCGUAAGCUUGGGAGCAAGCAGCAACGGCAGCGGGGCAAGUACGGCCGAUGUCGCCUUUGUUGCACGAGCUCUCGACGCAAGCUUUUUCCACUGGAUCGUCGAGGUACAUCGUGUCGCCUCGACGGCCUCUCGCAAAGGUCGACCAGGCACUGGUCUGGCACCUCCCUCGGCGACUUCAUCCGCUCCCCCCUCACGCCAAAGCAUUGCAUCUCUCUACGUCUGCGAGAACCCUGCUUUGGGGAGCAUCGACUUCUAUCUUCGCGACCCAGUCAACUCUGGAGGGAGCAGCGGCAUGAGCACCCCGCCCUCCUCUAGCGCAGCCGUGGCCGCCUUCCAUGCCGACGAUACCCAAACAGCGCACCACCUAGUGGCACGCGCAGCUGCUUCGCCUGGAGGGCACGUCCUCUUGCACGACUCUCGCUACGCCGUAGGCUCGUCGCCGUCGUCAAGCAGCAGCAGCUACGCCAUCGUGGUGGCGCCCGGUAUGGACUGGGUCGUCGUCUCCACCAUUGCCCUGCUACUGCUCAGCAGAAAGCGAGACCACGAUGCCGGCCUGGCCACACGAGAGGGAGCCUGGAAGGAGCUGAGCGACCUGCCUGCAGCAGCUGCUCUGCUUAGCGGUCGCAGGGGCAGCGCAAGCAGUAGUGGAGGAGCCAGCAGCGCCAGCUACGGUGGCCUGAGCAGCAGUACAGGCUCUCCAGACCGAUACGGCGGCACACGCGCCGGUGGACAGCAGCGCUACUUCCAUGAGCUGUCGAUGGGCGACAACAUCGACGAUGGGCAGCGCAGCACGCGUACGGCGGCCACCAGCGUGAGCUCGACGAGCAGCCUGGUCAACAAUGCCAGCCACACGGGCAAAUCGACGACUGCAUCGUCGCCUUCGCGCGAGCAGCCGGCGAUGGUACUGCCAGCUGGCAGACACGCCAUGAUGAGCCAACGUAGUGCACCCACAAUGCGCCCGGAGCGCAUCAUUGAGGAAGAAGGCAGCCCACGGCAGCAGGCGCAUGGCCACGGAUGGCCGUAAGACGCUCACACGCGUAGACAUUUCACGAAUAAUAACGUACAAGGCGAGAGAGAGAUGGGUAUC